ACCAUUAAAUGAUUUUGAAUCUUUUUUUUUUAAUAAUAUUUCCUUUUUCUUUCUCAUUUGUUGAGUUCUUACUUGUCUUCGUUCUUAUACUCUCCCUCGUUCUUCCUCUCCAUCCAGUCUUUGUAGUUUUAAGUUAUUUCCUGCGGUUCUUCCCUUUAUUACCAAUCGAAUACUGGUUGAAGAUUUACAGAAGCUUAGAAUUCUUUCUGCUUUAGUCCGUCCCAAGUUGUGUGAAGAACAUGUUGAAGGAGGUUCUAAGAAAUUCCUGGUACAGAGGGAUUUAUGGGCAUGGAGGAGAGAGUCUUAGGAGCUGCUUGUACGUCCCUGCAAUUGGUAUCCACAACGGCCAGGUUCAUUUUGCACCAAGAAGCUUUUUCGGGGUAGAAGAUUUCCUUGAUGACAACAACAGCCGACCGUACACUUACAAGAAGGAGAAGAAGUCAAAAAAUCCACAGAAACAUGUAUCGUUCAAACAACGUACAGAGGCAUACAUGGAACCAUUUACGCUCGACGUGUUAAUCUCAAAGCGAUUUGUGACGGCUUCACUUACUCACAGGGUGACUAGUAGGCAGGUUGCAGUUGCUGGCACCAACUCUAAGGACAUAAAAGCCGUUCUCCGGUCCAGAUCAGACAUACCUGCAUGUUUGGCCAUUGGGAGUAUUUUGGCUGAGAGGGCAAGAGAAGCUGAUGUCUAUACUGCUUCUUACACUCCAAGAGACAGGGACAAGUUCGAAGGGAAGAUCAGGGCUGUCGUUCAAUCUCUUAUCGAUAAUGGAAUUGAUGUUAAGAUUUAUCUUGAUUGAUUCAGUUGCUUUUCUUUUAAUACUAAAUGACUUUUUUGAACUAGUUGUGUUUUACAAAGGUGACAUUCAUUCAUAGCCAUAGAUGUGAAAAAGUGUUGAUCUU